UCGACAUAUCAAUUGCUGUUCGACUCAUGCUGUGAACAAGGCGCCCCUUCGUCGGAAUCGGUGAAAUUUUGGUUCGACUUUCUUGACUACAUGAUGCGAGUGAUUGAAGACGAUAAGACUGUCUACGGGCCAAGUUUGAACCAAUUCCCUCAAGAAUUGAAUGUUGGACAUCUCUCCGCUGGCACCCUGUGGACGCUGUAUAAAAUGGAUUUGAAAAUGGCGCUUGAAGAGCAUGCAACAACGAAGAAGUGCCCAACUCCGGAGUACAUGAAUUUGUACUUCAAAGUCAAGGGAUUCUACUUCAAAUAUGUCUCCGAUCUGCCCCAAUACAAGCAAUCGAUUCCUGAAUUUCCAGCAUGGUUUAUUCCGUUUGUUAUGGAUUGGUUGAACGAGAACGAUGAGCACUCUAUGGACAUCUUGCGAAAUGCUUAUAACAGGGAUAAAGCCGACAACUUCCCUCAAACAUCUGAUCACACUCGUUUCUCCAACAGUGUUGUAGACGUUUUCACACAGUUGAAUGAGGCUUUGAAACUGCUGAAACAAAUGGAUUGCCCUAACCCAGUCGUUUAUGCGGAUAUGAUGAAGCGAUUCAGUAAGACAUUGAAUAAGGUUCUUCUCGGGCCUUUUACGCUGAUAUGCGUUCAUAAAGAUUCUCCAAGUUUCAUCGAAUGGAAAGCCUCGGCCUGCAUCUCAUGCAACCAGAUCGUGCAGCAGCUGAGAGUUCAACUCGAGAAAAUCUAUGAGACCAUGGGUGGUCAGGAAUUGGAUCCGACAUGUAGCCAAGUCCUCACCAACCUCCAGAAAAAGCUGAACAGCGUUCUGGACAAACUGUCUGGCCAGUUUGUGGCAACGCUUGAGCCAAUGAUUGCUGAGCAAACGAACAAGCUCGGCGUGCUACUCUGCAAGAUCAAAGGACCUCAACUUCAGAAGACUCAAGUUGCAGCGGAGGUGGACGCAGUGCUGGAGCCACUCAUGGACCUGUUGGAAGGAUCGUUGCAACGAUAUUUCCAACAAUGUGAAAAGACUGUCCUCAAGUACAUUUUGAAGGAAUUGUGGAGGAUAACGAUUGUCAGUAUGGAGAAACUGGUGGUGCUCCCUCCCCUCUCGGACAAGACGCUACUGAAGCAAUUACCAAACGCUAAAAUCCAGGACGUAACGAAACUGAUGUCUACCAAUAUCCAGAAUAUCAAAGGAAUGAGCUCUGUGAAGGACAUGAUGGAUAUGGCCCGGGAAUGCGAACGAUCGUUGACGCCCAAGCAGUGUACUGUAUUGGAUGCUGCGCUGGAUGCCAUUAAAGAGUGCUUCCACGCUGGUGGACAAGGUCUGAAGAAGUCCUUCUUCGAAAAGAGUCCUGAGUUACAAUCGCUAAAGUAUGCGCUUAGCUUGUACACGCAGACCACCGAGCAACUCAUAAAAACGUUCAUCACCAGUCAGAAACAGCAAGAUUUGCCUUCGCAAGAACAACCGGUUGGAGAGGUGAGCGUACAAGUGGACUUGUUCAGUCAUCCAGGCACUGGCGAGCAGAAAGUCACCGUGAAGAUUUUGGCAGCGAACGAUCUGCGGUGGCAGACAUCAUCUGUGUUCAAGCCGUUCGUAGAAGUGCAUUUGGUUGGACCUCACUUGUCAGACAAGAAGAGAAAGAUGGCAACGAAGAGCAAACCAGGCAACUGGGCGCCCAAAUUCAACGAGACUUUCCACUUUUUCCUUGGCAACGAGGGAGAACCGGAACACUACGAAUUGAUGUUCCAAGUGAAAGGACUACUGCUUUGCUCGCGAGGAUAG